AUGAUGGUACCUGCCACCCCUUCCUCAGAGGAAAGGGAUUCUGGGUCCCACUAUCCUCUCGAUGGUGUGUAUCAAGAUUGGGACAACAUGGCGGAAGUCCGCAAAAGAAUCCGUUGGAACAAGAACCUCAUCCAACAUGUGGACCCGCAGACAUCCCAACCUACCAACGAGUACGUCGAGAAGACUCUCGCCAACCUCCGGGAGAACCGUGUACAGUUGAAACCUAUGUUCCACCGCACGCGGGCACAUCAGUUGCAACUACCCAUGAUUGAUGGGGUCAUAGAAGAGAUUCGCAACCUGUACAUGGCAUCCAAGAUCACGGUGAGCUACGACUUUCUUUACCAGCAAGCAUGGGCCGAUGAUGAAGCACUUCGCGAAGUCGCAGCUGACUUGGGGAUUGAGAUCCAGCUGGUAAAGCGCAAGCGCAAUUGCAGCCUGGGCCAGGCCUAUCCGAUCAUGGAUGAUUCUCAGUGGGAUGAUCGGCCAGUGGCAACACCACAAUCAUCAGAGCUUGCCCCUCCAAAUGCUGUGGCACCGCCUGCUGAGCCGGUGGCACCUGAACAUGCAGUGGCAGGUGAGCCAGCCGCUCCUACACAUGUAGCGGCUGAGGGUGCAUCUGCUGAGAAACCGGUGUUGCCUGAGCCAGCGCCAGCUGAAGCUGAAGUGGCAGGAGGUGAAGGUGGACGCCAAACUAUGCUUGAAGAACUCGCCGUGGAAGUUCUUGAAAGCUCUCCUGAACCAGAACACCACGAUGAUGAUGCUUCGAUGGCUGUCAAGCUUGUUGAAGUUCUGGAAGAAAUCGAACGGCUGUCCCUGUCUGCUGCUCCGGCCUUGGAGGUGAAGGAGGUGAAUGGCAGUGAACUGGUCGGUAAACCUCUGGCAGAACCUGCGGCUGAACAUGUCGAAGGCCCCGGUGACAAAGGUUCUCCGCCUACACAUGUGAUGGAGUCCCUUCCAACUGGUGACAACACGGACACCCAAGUUCCCAUUUCACCGGCUUCCUAUGAGCACACCGCUUCCAUGAAAGCCAUGCUAAAGAAUGAGGAUGAGAAGUUGGCUGCGCUGCAAAAAGGCAAAGCAGAAGCGCCUUUGCAACCAGAGCGUGCUUCAUCAUCUGGGGGUCCCAUCCAACGUGCAAAGACCAAGUUGUACGUCUCAUCCCCCAAAAGCGGAGCACCAAAGACAAAAGGGAGGGCCUGUGCUCAGAAGAAGAAAGAGGUGCUUGAAGCAGUUACCAGGAAAGCUGCAGGGAAGAGUGCCAAGAAGAAGGAGGCCCCCCCUCCUGAACUCUUUGAUCAUUAUGUGGCUUGCGUCACUGAAGCUUGCAAAGACUGUGUAGAGUCUGAAUGCAAUCACCCCGACUUUGAUCUGACAGUCCCGCACGAUUCAUUCAAGAUCUCACCCUACUGGACCCGGGGGCAUGUGGGGGUGAAGGCUUCAAACGAUUUGUUGGCUGAGAGCGCAACAAAAGCAAAGAAGAAAUCAGGGAAGAACACCGAAUCCAGUAAGAAGGUGCCAAAGUCCAGAAAUGUUCGCCAAAUCGCCAACUUCUCGGAACCGGGGUGCGUCUACAUCAACUAUGCGAUGGGACAGGUGAUGGUUCGAGUUAGGCACGUGCACGGGAAGAAGAGCUUCGCUGGACGCCGGUCGACUGGAGCUGGCGGGGCCUUCAUCUUCCUGGUCUUGCUCGUGGCAUGGACUACAAAUCUUCCAAGCCUCGAUAAGGUCAACUACCUGGAGGUGUUCGCUGGGGUUGGGAAUGUCUUUUCAGAGGUUCGAGCUGCUUCCUAUACCGGUGUGGCAUGUGAGCUGGACUUUGGGGAGUCUUUCGGGUUUGAGAAGUCGAAGAACCCAUUCAAUUUCUUGGACAAUGCUGGUUAUGCGCUGCUGAUUUGGCUAGUCCUGAAUUGCGAAGAAGAUCGAUUCUGGGCGAUGUUUGCGAACCCUUGCAGCAGCUGGGUGCAUUUGAAUGCUGGCACUAGCCGACGUUCAAUCCUCAAUCCAUGUGGUGAUGAGCGGCACAAAUACAUAAGGGAUGCCAACUGUUUGGCGUCAAGGACUUUGUCACAAUCAUAG